CGCGCGCACUCGCACGCGGCGGAGGAGCGGGGACGCGCGCUCCUUGGCAAGGCGCGUCCCCGCGAGCGAUCUGUCUAUCUCGGGAGCGAGCCAGAGAGUCUCGACUCGAGCCGGCUCCAGGCUGCUGCAGGGGUUGAUACCUGCAGUUUGAGGCACCAGGAGACAUGUCGGACUGGCUGUUCAUUGGAUUGUUCGUGGCACUGGUUGUGCUUCUGCUGCUGACGCUCUUUGGUUUUGCUGUGUAUUCAGGACUCUUUUCAGAAGUGAUUGUCAGCGCUGGUUUGCCCCCAGUUGGCAACAUCACUGUAGCAUACAAAUUUCAGGUGGGACCUUAUGGUGAUAGUGGAAGGCUGUUUACGGAGAGCUGCAGCAUCUCUCCAAAAUUGUGCUCCAUCGCUGUGUACUAUGACAAUCCUCACACGGUGGAUCCAGAGAAAUGCCGCUAUGCUGUGGGUCGUAUACUGAGUGAAGGAGAAGAGAAGCCAUCAGAGGAAGUGAUCCGCAUGUUCCUGAAGUAUGGUUUCAAGAUUUUCAGCUUUCCAGCCCCUAGCCAUGUAGUCAUGGCAACAUUCCCCUACACGACUCCUCUGUCCAUCCAUCUGGCUGUAAACCGUGUCCACCCAAGCCUGGACACAUAUAUCAAGGAGAGGAAACUAUGUGCCCAUCCCAGACUGGAGAUCUACAAGGGUGACCAAAUUUAUUUUGUGUGCCCCCUUGCUCGUCAAGGGGACUUCUACGUGCCUGAAAUGAAAGAGUUGGAGAAAAAAAACAGAGCAGCAGCAACAGAGGUUGAAGAUGCUCGAACAGAUAUAACAGGAGCCGACACCUUGAGCGAGACCAGCUCUGUCAGCAUGGAAGCCACAAUUGACAGUAGAGAGACUUCAGUGGCUACCUCUAUCUUGUCCCCUUUCAUGUCUGGCCACAGCCGUGAGGAAGUAGACAAUCGAAGCGAACAUAGCUACAGUGAGUCUGGAGCCAGUGGCUCCUCCUUUGAGGAACUGGACUUGGAAGGCAAUGGUGAUGGAGCAGAAGGUUUGUCAUCUGACCUUGGUUCUGCUGAGGACCAGGAUGCUGCUAAGGGCAAGUGGACCAAGGAGCCUAUUGCCCUGGAGAAAGAAAAGGGUGAAGAAUAAAGCCAUCACUGCUUAUGUUUCUUAGGGAUUGGAAAGAGAAACUGAUCAUCUUUCUUGCUUCUUUUCUGUCUGAUCAAAAGAUUUUGGUCACUGAUUCAUAUUGAGACCUGUCCUACUUUUUGUCUGCAGCCAAGUAUUUUGUGGUGUGAUAAAGGAGGAGGGGUGACAUCUGAGGUAACUACUGUCCUGUGACCAGGCUUAAGGAAAUGUGUGGUAACAGGGAACUGGGAGUGGGAUGACAUAAAAUGGUGGUGGGGAGCUCUUGCAUUGAACAACAUACUGUAUUGAACUUGAUGGGUGUAAGAGAAUGUGAGAGAAUAAGUGAAUAACUAAGCAGGGAACACUAUAGAUAGACUGGUGCAUUUGUGUAUAGACUGACUUCUCUUGAUGUCUCCCAGUCCUCUAUGCUAUAUGCCCCAUAAUUGCCCCCUUUUUUGUAUCUUGUGCACAUUGAUUGGCACCACCUCCAUUAAUAUCAAAGAGAUGUAGUUAUAUUUGAUUCUGAAAAAUGUGGUGCAGACCAUUAAUCCUUAAAUUGACAUCUGAGCUUUCCUAAUCAGUAAGACAAUUAACAGCUUCCCUUUGAAAUCUGAAGGUUUAUGAGCAGGGCUGCUGUGAUCCCAACCACUCACAUGUUGCUUCUGCUGCCUUUUCCACUCUUCCUCACUUAACCCUGCAAUCACCUUCACUGGCUGUCUUUUGGAUUCUAUGUUCAGGGAAUAAACCAAGUUCAUUGUAGUUAUAUUGUUGCACACAUUCACAUCUGUUGGUCUGUCCCUGGGUACUGUGCUUGAGAUGUUUCCAGGCUAGCUUCUAUGUGAAAGAAUCCAUCUGAAACAAAUCAACACUGCUGACAAGGUCCUCUUUUAAUAGUCUCAACCAAGGGGGGGGGGGGAGCGGUGCAAAAUAGCAAAACUGGAGACAAUUUGUAAGAAAACAGGAACAAUGGAAAUGAUGCAGCCAAGUCUCUCCAGUCUUAGCCCUCAGAGGUUGUAGGUUAAAUACAUGCAAGAUUCGUGUAUUCCGUGCUGUGGUGUAGCCGAAGACUUGCCAUGAUACCUUAAAAAUAGUAGUAACCAAAGUGGAUUUGAAAUAGACAGGAAUCCUUUUGGUGACAUGUAUGCAUCAUUUUUAUUAUUUAUUUUUAUUUUAUUUCAUUUAUAUACCGCCAUUCCUACGAUCAUGGCGGUGUACAUCAAUUACAUAAUACAAAAGUACCCAAACAAACCUCCAUAUUAUUACAGAAAAUACAAUUCAAAUACAAUACAAUUCAAAAAUCCAACAUACAGUCAGAUAACACAAUAAAAACAGCUUAGAAUACCAUAAUACAGUGCAUAAAAUCAGUCUCCCCGAACACUACACAAACACGCAUCCAGCAACGACAAUCCCUCGCCCAACAGCAACAGUCCCUCGCUGCCUCCCGAUGGUGUGGGCGUGCGUGCGGCGUCUCCCUGGGCGCUGGCGGGCCGGCUUUAUGGAGGCCGCUCCCACCGGCCUCCUCCCUGGGGGAGCGCCACAGCUGCAGCGAAGGCAGGGCAGCAGCAGCAGCAGCAACAGUCCCUCGCUGCCUCCCGAUGGUGUGGGGGUGCGUGCGGCGUCAUGGUCAAUCAGAAUUAGGGGAACAUGGAUAUAGUUUUAAACAUCAGGAAAUAGGAAGUGUCAAAUGUAAAAGAGAGCCUUUAUAGCCCUCGGCAACAAGGGCACAAAGAAGAAAGUAAGGAAUCAAUAGUGACUGCUUGGGGGUGGGAGCUGAACAGUCUUGUGAACUACACACAUGUACAUGUAUCUCUUUUUACAAUUAUAAUGCAAGGAGAUAUUCGAAGCUCCUUGCACAGUGUCCCUUGCUGUGCACGCCUGCUGCAAAGUACAGGCUUCCUUGGCUAUUUAUUGGCUGAGGGAGAGAGCAAGUGGCCCAAGGACCAUUUGCCCACAGCUAUACAAAAAGGAGGAGUCAUCUCCCUCACAAAUUUUGUUGCAUAUAUGGGAGAAGGCAACUGCCAUUGGCUCUCAGCUGCAAAAAGGCAGCUGGGUGGUUUCCAAGCCUCCACACUCUCCAUAGGGUAUUAAAUGGUUAUGGGAAUGUAUCUGUCUUUUUCAAGCAGGCUUAGCCGACUUACACAGGCAGUGGAGGAUCUGUUGAUACUGGAAGUUUCUAGAUAUUGUAGCUUGGAGAAAUUACAUUUUACAAUAUUAUGAUUUCCCGUAGCUUUGAUGCCACUACACUUUUCUAAAGCAUGAAAGGAAGAUGGGCAUCUCUUUGCAUGGGCAUUAUUUCUGGAUGCUGACAUAGACGGGUUAAACUGGCCUGUAUCAUAAUGAUACAUUGGACACUGAAUUGGAUUGCUCACUUCUGUAUCCCUAGUGAAUUUCUGAAAAAUCAUUUGAUAAGAAGUUUGUCAAACCAUUUGAAUCUUUUGAGUGCAAUUACUGUGACAUCAAGGCAGCAACAAGAAGAAUAUUUUGAUAUAUGUUCAGUGGGAUUUGAAGUAUUGAAAUAUUAUGAUCUUCCCACCUUCCAUGUACCUGUACACUUUCUUGCCUCUCUUGCUUACAUGCUCUGUAUCCUCUGCCUUGAUCAAUGACUCACUCUAUUUCUUAAUGGACUUGGAUCCAUACAGUGGACAAAGGAGUUCGAUGUUCAGCCAUCUUCAGAUAUACCUUAUUUCUGAACAUUGACUCAUCUGGGAGGGAAAUCAAUGGGAUGCUGUGUUAGAACAUCCCCCAUUGGAGUGUGUAGUUCACAAGACUGUUCAGCUCCCACCCCCAAGCAGUCACUAUUGAUUCCUUACUUUCUUCUUUGUGCCCUUGUUGCUGAGGGCUAUAAAGGCUCUCUUUUACAUUUGACACUUCCUAUUUCCUGAUGUUUAAAACUAUAUCCAUGUUCCCCUAAUUCUGAUUGACCAUGACAUUCAAAUGAACAACUCCACCUUAGUUGCAGUGCCCUUGAAAUUAGAGGGCCAGUUGAAACAGACACAUGAUCCAUAUAGGCUCCUUCACUAUUAUGCCUGGAUUCUGUAUAACAUCCCCAGGCUUUGGGGUCAGCUUUCUUAUCUGCUCUGGCUAUUAUUUCAUCAACUGGUACUGGAGAUCUUUUUUUAAAAGUGUACUGAAGCGAAUUAUUUGAAUGCACAUCAUUCCAUCUGCCCCAUUUUGGUACAACAGUAGCUUUUCAUAUGACUAGGGCUUCCUUACUACUAUAUGCUGCCAGUUUACAGUGGGUCUUUGUGUGUGUGUGUUUACUUCUUUGUGCAAAUAGUUGGACAUGUCUAUAUUUCUCUUUCGGCAUAUCUGAUUGCCUGUUCAUUGUGACCAUAGAUUCAUAUUCACAUAUUUGUGCACUUGUGUGCUCAGGGUUAAGGCCAAACUAGACAUUACACCAUUUAUGCAGGAGCCAAAUAUGUGGAUGGUGGCUCAUUUAGUUUGGUCCUUGUAGUCUGUGAUUGUCUGUCUGUACUGCAAGAUAUCAAACUCCUUUCUAAACAGCAGGAACACUAGAAUAAAGGCAAUAAAGGUAGGAGCAGCGGGAGCAUAUAUUUAGAAUGGUAGAAUGCUUUUCUUGAGAUUUCAUUCGACAGAUAACAAAAAUAUGGUUUUUUUUCCCUGUUGUGCUGGAUUUCUUAGGGGUAUUGUUUGUUUUUACAGAAUGCUGGGUGGGAGGAAAUAUGUAUCCAACUCACUUGUUUGUGAAUUUUAUAGUAAUGGAUACAAGGAUAUUGGUAUCAAAAACUUAUGAAAAGCUUAUAUGUGGCUUUAGUGUGUACAUGCUUAUGUUUGCCUCUCAUUGUAUACAAAUAUGUGUGCAGGCACAUACCCAUUUUGUUGCCAUGUAUAGAUGUGCAUACAUGUACAUGACUGAAUCCAGCUUUAUUUCCUGGUUAUACGUAUGACAUGUGUUGGCAUAUAAAUUGGUCAAUCAUCAUGAA